AUGGGACGAAGAUCGAUUAAUACCACUAAAAGUGGGAAGUACAUGAAUCCUACCGAUCAGGCUCGCAAGGAGGCCCGUAAAAGAGAGCUUAAGAAAAAUAAAAAGCAAAGGAUAGCUGUUCGACAAGCGGUGCUUAAAUCCAAGGAUGCACUACAACUACUUGAAGAGGCUUCUAUGUAUGACAAACAAGAAUACACACCGAAUUUGCAAUCAGAGUUUAAUGAACGCGUGCUGCAGGGAAAAAGAAAGCGUCUUCUUGAAACAUUUGAUAAUCUUGUUAAUUUAUAUAAAAAAGAAGACCCGGAGUAUGCCAAGGAACUACUACGAGCAAGGAAGGAGUAUGAUAAACGACGACAUGACAUGAUGCUCUAUCACGAACAAGUGAAACUUGCUGAAAGAACCAAGGCUGUUGAUAUCCCUUUACCUGAUCUCCCCCCAUCGCAACUUGGAUUGCAAACUUCCGAGAUACCACUACCAAUGGGAAUAUCCAUGUCGUUCAACAAAGGAAUAUUAAAGAAACCCACUAGUGCUCCUGGACCUUCAGCACCACAGGUUCCUAUUACUCGUAAACCUCCUGGACCUCCACCACUUCCUAUUCCAGACUUGUCAGACAGCGAAUCAGAAAGUGGUGACACUGACCCGAAUAAACGAAGAAUUCGAUUUGAGAACGACUUUCAAGACUCCAAUUUUGCUGCUGGUCUGGCUCCAUCGCAGAUACCGUUGCCUUCAAUGAAUGCGAUUGUUGCUCCUGGAUUUAAUCCCGCCACCGGCCUUGUUGGUAGUUUGCAAAAUGUAGGAGGGGCUUUUCUAUCUGCACCACCAACAAUGAAUCCAGCAUUAAGUGAACAGGUUUCUAGCAGCACUGUAACUACAAUCGAAGCAAAACCGCAAAUAAAGAAUUUUAUCGGUGAUGCUACCCGCUUUGUUCCAACUUCCCUCAAAGUCCGUCGUACUGUGAAGGAUGCCCAAGGACGUCUCGUUAAAGUUGGCGGAGGGGUUAGUGCAACUAGAAAUAGACCUGGAAGUGGAUUCGGUCUUUCCUCUUCACAUCGACUUGGAAGUAUUCCAGGCGGUGCACUGGGAGUUUCGGGCCCGAGUUCCUCGAUUACGAACAAGGCCAACACGACCACAAACAAGGAUGCUGCCUAUGAGGAGUUUAUGCGUGAAAUGCAAGGGUUGCUCUAA